CGCUGUGAAUGAAGAGCCAACUAUUAUGUAUACAAUAUACUGUACAGUACAUGUGUAUAAAAGUACGUUUGUCACGUACAAAUAAUCUUCCGGUGUUUAUUUGAAUUUUUAAAAUUAAUUUAUAAAGAAAAAUUUGACCUCAUAAUAUCACGUGACCCGAAGAAAAAUAGACGUCAGAAACGCAUAAAAAUGGAGAGACAGUUGCCUUGAGCCAUCCAGUAUUUGUCCGAAUUCAAAAAAGAAAAGUCGAAAGUAACAAUGAAGACUCUUUGCUUUCUUCUAGCAUUUCUGUCAACCCUUUUGCUGGCGAGCGGGCAGCAGGAAUGCCACACUUCUCAUUUGGACACGUGUAUAGCUCCCAUGCUCCUGAAUGCCAGGAAAGAAUUGGUACCCAGAAAUGCCAAAGAAUUGGAAAAGAGAUGCGAGCAAAAGAAUAAAAUGUGGAAUUGUGUGGAUAAUUAUAUGGAAAAAUGUGUUGCCGACGUUCAUCACAUGAUGAUGAAUUUGGUGUUGGACGAUAGUCGCAUGGUAAUGGAUGAAUGGUGUGAAAGUGGAAGCGAUUUCCAACGUGAUUAUCUGAAAAUUGCAAGUUGUCUAUCGGAUGCAACCAAGAAUGCUAAUCGUCAAUGUUUGAGGAACGUAGAAAAUAUCAUCUAUCAAAUCACGGGAGACGACAUUGAAGCUAGAAUACCUUCCGGAUGUUGUUGUUUCAACAAAUUCUACAAUUGUUUCUACGAGCAAGUAGAAAAAUCGUGUGGAAGAGAAUCUUUCCCAAUUGUUAACAAAUUGACACGUAUGAUGGGCAUGCAUUGCGCUCGUAAUUUUUGCUCUUCCUACGAUCCUUCCAGUGAUGUGUGUUCAGACGUAUUGGCUAGAAAUGCCACUGCUUCUGAAAAGAAUUCCUAUCUUAGUAGAUUUAUGAUCACUAUGAUGAAACAUGGCAAUUAAUUUGCUAAAAUAAAUUAUUAUUUUUUUCCUAUUUUAUAACCUUUAUAAUUACUACAAGAUUUAAUUUUCAAAUAUUGAUGUAUGAUGUAUACGUUUAUUAAUAAUAAA